AUGGCAGACUUAUACCCCUCAAUAGCACAAUGUGCGGUAGUAGCCACCGCGUUCAAAGUGCUACUGUUCCCAGCAUACAAAUCCACAGACUUCGAGGUCCAUAGGAAUUGGCUGGCCAUCACGAACAGCUUGCCCGUCCAAGACUGGUACUACGAGAAGACUUCAGAAUGGACGCUCGACUAUCCUCCUUUCUUCGCGGUCUUCGAAUGGAUAUUGUCGCAAUUCGCAAAGGUGGUUGAUCCGGAGAUGUUGAAGGUUUAUAAUUUGGAGUAUGACAGUUGGCAGACUGUGUAUUUCCAGCGUUCGAGUGUUAUUGCUACGGAGCUUGUACUGGUAUAUGCGCUUUAUCUCUUCGUUCAAUCUUCACCUGCGGCCUUUAAACGCCCUUCGCAUGCUGCUGCACUUUCAAUUCUGCUGUCGCCAGGUCUUCUCAUCAUUGAUCACAUUCAUUUCCAAUAUAACGGGUUCCUUUAUGGUCUUCUGAUUUUCUCUCUGGUGUUGGCAAGGAAGAAGUCAACUACUCUAGCAAGCGGACUCCUCUUUGCUGCACUUCUCUGCUUGAAGCACAUCUAUCUCUACCUUGCACCUGCAUAUUUCGUAUUUCUGCUGCGAGGAUAUUGUCUAGGGCCCAAAUCAAUCUUCCACGUCAAAUUCGGCAAUGCUUUCAAGCUCGGGACUGGGAUCAUUGCGGUCUUCGGAGCUGCCUUUGGUCCUUUCGUCUACUGGGGCCAGAUUCCACAACUACUAAGCCGACUGUUUCCUUUCUCCAGAGGCCUUUGCCAUGCGUACUGGGCUCCAAACAUCUGGGCAAUGUACUCGUUUACUGAUCGAGUUUUGAUUUAUGUUGCUCCCAAGCUCGGCCUGGCAGUCAACCAAGACGCUGUCAAUAGUGUGACUCGUGGUCUAGUUGGAGACACUUCGUUUGCCGUCUUACCAGAGAUUACCGCAAAGAUGACUUUUAUCUUGACACUGUUCUUCCAAGUCAUCCCCUUAAUCAAGCUAUUUUUAGAUCCCACCUGGGACACAUUCAUCGGAGCAGUCACGCUCUGCGGUUAUGCAUCCUUCCUCUUCGGCUGGCACGUCCACGAAAAAGCUAUACUCCUAGUCAUCAUCCCAUUCAGCCUCAUUGCACUCAAAGACCGUCGGUACCUCGGUGCAUUCCGUCCACUCGCGGUCGCAGGUCACGUUUCGUUAUUCCCUCUCCUAUUCACCGCCGCCGAGUUCCCCAUCAAAACCAUCUACACGAUUUUCUGGCUCGUGCUGUUCCUCGUCGCGUUUGACAGGCUUGCGCCAGCGAGUAACAGAUCGCGGAUAUUCUUGCUAGAUAGGUUUAGUUUGUUGUACAUUGCGGUCAGCAUACCGUUGAUCUUGUAUUGUAGUUUGUUGCACCAGAUGGUGUGGGGAAAGAGCUUUGAGUUUCUACCGUUGAUGUUUACGAGUUCGUAUUCAGCAGUGGGCGUGGUGGGUAGCUGGGUGGGGUUUUUGGUAGUGUUCUUCACGAGUUAG